AUUAUUUGUUAAAAGAAAUUUUCGUUAUUGUUAUAUUACUAUGACCACUUAUUCUAGAAAAUAGAUGUUUAGUUGCUUUGCAAAUAAUAACCGACCGACAUAUUAAGCAUAAAACUUGUUAGAAAAACGAAAAUCAUUAUUAGCAGUAUUGCCUAGAUUUUAUCUAUGUUUGCCAGUACUACAAUCUACUCAUUCAAAGUCAACAUAGAUACUGGGGUCCACAUAUUUGAUACCUAGUUUUAAUUCGACUUGGACAAUUUUUGACCUUAAGGUGGCAUGGUUCAAAAAAUUAUUAUUAAUUGCUUCUUGAUUUGUAUACUGGAAAAUAAAGGUAUCAAAUAGAACUUAAGAUUGUUUAUAUGAGAAGUAGCCGUUUUUGGUAGUUUUUAACAGUACCUUUAUAUGGGAAUGAGCGGGACUAUAAUCCGAUUUCGUCACUCACUGUCGGUGGUGAUUUCUUAAGAGUUACCUUGAGCGAUUUUUCUUGUUGUAACUUAAAUGGUUUGGGAGAUAUGUACAUUAAACCUAUUAGGGGACGGCGUCAAGUAGACUUUUUCAAAACUUUUAACCAACAAGUACCACUUGCCAUUGCGAUCCCCUAUGCCAAAUGUAUAUGUGACCUGGUCUACGAAAAGGGAGCUAACGUGCAAAAACUAGUUUUCUGGGAAAAGCUGUUAAAAAUAAUCGUCAGUUUCUCGUUAUCUCAUUAAUUGUUCUCCUUUUUUUUGACACCUAAGCCCACUUUCCGUAGACCAGGUCACAUAUUAGAGGUGUCAAACUAUCGAUGGGACUAUUGAUAGUAUCGAUAGUUUUUUUUUUUUUUUGACUAUCAAUGAGUAUUGAUCGUUUUUUUUAACUAACUAUCGAUAGUUUGACAUCUCGCCCAUCACUACUCUGCAUUGUGAAAUAACGACAUCGAGUCAGUUUGCUAUUUUUCGUGUUUAUUAUAUAUAAAAAUAUAUUUGAAUACAAUAUUAGUAUUAGUUGCAAUAAAAUACUAAGCUGUAGAUUUAGGUGACGGUUCCUUCCAAAAUGGAAAUCGGGGACAGCAAUUCAUAAGAUGCGCCGGCGAACAAAAAACAAAAAAUUUCGGAUGUUUGGAAGCAUUUCCAACUAAAUGCUGACAAAAAAUAUGCAAAAUGCAUUAAGUGCCAAAAAUUAUAUAAAACUAGUGGAAAUACUUCCAACUUAAUGGACCACCUUAAGCGUGCUCAUCCUCUGCACGCCGAGCAGGCGAAGCCCGGCAGCACAUUGACAAAUUUUUUUAAAAAAGAUGACAUCUACGGCAAACUAUUUCCACGCGGAAAGCAGACAUUGAUUUGGCGUUGGCAAGAAUGGUUGCUAUAGAUGUACAACCAUUUCGCACUGUCGAAGAUCAAGGAUUUAGAGAGCUCGUUCGGUGUCUUGAUUCUCGAUAUGAACUACCAUCUCGAAAUACCAUUCUGAAUGUUCAUAUACAAAAGCUUUAUGAAAAUGGUAAAACUAAAUUACAGGCCAUUCUUAAUGAAAUUGAAAGCUGUGCUAUAACCACUGAUUGUUGGUCGUCGAAGGCAAAUGAAAGCUAUUUGACCGUUACGUGUCAUUUCAUUGAUGGCGAUUUCAAAAUACGAUCGGCAGUUUUAACGACAUCAAAGCUCGCUAAUGAACUCAACCAUUCAGCUGCAAACAUUUCAGUAUCGUUGCGUGAGUGCCUGCAAAAAUGGAAUAUAUUCCAAAAAGUCAACUGCGAGGUUACAGACAACGCUGCAUCAAUGAGUAAAGCCUGUGAGCUGCUUCAGAACAGGCAUCUGCCGUGCUUUGCUCAUUCCAUCAAUCUUGUAGUACAAGACCUUUUGUGUACUGAAAAAGUAAAAGCAUUAUUGUCGAAUUGCAAACACAUUGUAGCAUAUUUCAAAAGCAGCACUAUUGCAUAUGCAAAAUUAAAGAAAGAACAGGGUAGUGAAAAACAGUAUAGCCUGAUUCAAGAAGUUUCAACAAGAUGGAAUAGCGCGUUUGCUAUGGUUCAGCGAAUUUUACUUAUUAAGGAUGCCAUCUUUGCAGUGCUUUUAAGAACACCAAAAGCGCCACCAGUUCUAACAGCAGAGGAAAUAGAGCAACUUCAAGACGUAUGUUUAUUGUUGGAACCAUUCAACACAUAUAUAAGCAUUUUAUCGGGUAAUAAAUAUGUGACGAUUUCGCAUGUAAUUCCCAUUGCAUGGGGAUUGCACUCAACGUUAAUGAAGCUUCAAUCAAAAUUGAAAACUUUCGUUGGAUCGGAAGCACAGUUAUACUUAUGCGACAAAAUUAAACAGAGGCUGUUUCCAUAUGAAUCCAGAAGUGCUACUAGAUUAGCCACCUUGCUAGAUCCGAGAUUUAAAAAAGAAGGGUUUCAGUCAGGUCAAAAUGCGGCCCAAGCGUCUAUGUUGCUGGAAAACGAAUUGGUUGAAAUCGACAGAAUUGCAGCAUCGUCAUUGAAUGACAACAGAGAGGGACCGUCGACAUCAAAAAGCGUUAAAAUUCCACAGAUUUAUGAAUUUUUGAAAGAGAAGCUAUCCAGCAAAGUCAAAUCCAACAGAGCGGAUGCUAUCAUCACACUACGCGAAUACACUGAAAAACCCAAUGAGCCGCUAGAUGUAGACCCAUUGGAAUACUGGAAGGUAGCAAUGGCAUUUUGUGUAACGCUUAUAUAAACAAACAUUUAUCUCAAUUUCUGACUAGAUCGACUGAAAUGAAGUCAAUGCCAAUCAUGGCAUGCAAAUAUUUGUGCAUUCCGGCAACUUUAACGGAGUCUGAGCGUAUGUUCAGCAAAGCUGGAGAAUAAGUCUCAGACAGACGAACAGGACUGAAGGAAAAAAAUGUCGAUAUGUUGUUAUUUAUCAACAAAAACCACGAAAUGUGCUAAUAUUGAUCUCUUUAAAACCACUGAGUGGCUCUUUGAUCUCCGUUUUAAGCUUUCAACUUAUGUUGUAAAUAAAUUUAUUAAUGUUUUUUUUUUAAUAUGAAAAUAAAUAUGAGUUAUUUUGUUCU